GGCGUCACAGCGCUUUUGCGCUGGCUCCGGCUUGAACAUGGCGGCGCGCUGGAGCAGCGAGAAUGCUGUGGUGGAGUUAAGAGACUCACAGGCCACUGCCAUGUCCGUGGACUGCCUGGGACGCCAUGCUGUGCUAUCAGGACGACGCUUCCUGUAUGUGUUUAAUCUGGAAAGCCCUUCCGAGCCCUUAAGGAAGAUAUCGCGGCAGUGCAAGUGGGAUCUGGGGACGGUGCAGUGGAACCCGCAUGAAGCCGAGGCUCACCUCUUUGCCGCCUCGAAUAAUCAGCGUGUCGACCUGUACAAGUGGCAGGACGGUGCUGGGGAAAUCCACACUUCUCUACUGGGUCACACGCGUGUCAUCAGUGACCUUGACUGGUCCUGGUUUGAUCCAGAGUUUCUUGUUACCAGCUCUGUGGAUGCUUUUAUCUAUAUCUGGGACACCAGAGAUACCCGAAAGCCUACGGUAGCGCUGUCUGCUGUAGCGGGGGCCUCCCAGGUGAAGUGGAAUAAGCGGAACCCCUUCUGCCUGGCCUCCAGUCAUGACGGCGAUGUCCGAAUUUGGGACAAAAGGAAACCCAACACGGCUGUGGAGUAUGUUGCCGCUCACCUCUCCAAGAUCCACGGACUGGACUGGCAUCCUGACAGCGAGUACGUCUUGGCCACCUCCAGCCAAGACAACUCUGUCCGGUUCUGGGAUUACAGACAGCCACGAAAAUACCUCAACAUCCUGUCCUGCCAGAUGCCGGUCUGGAAGGCCCGGUACACGCCCUUCUCCAACGGUCUGGUGACGGUCAUGGUGCCCCAACUGCGCCGGGAGAACAGCCUGCUGCUGUGGAGCGCCUUGGAGCUGAACAGCCCGGUUCACGCCUUUGUCGGCCACGACGAUGUCGUGCUGGAAUUCCAGUGGCGCCGCCAGAAGGAGGGGUCCAAGGAUUUCCAGCUGGUGACCUGGUCCCGGGACCAGACGCUGAGGAUGUGGCGUGUGGAUCAGCAGUUGCAGAAGCUCUGCUCCAAUGACGUCAUGGACAGUGUGGAUGAGCUGAUGGAGGGCAUGUUGCUGACCCCAGAGGCGGAGAAGAGCCUGCAACCUCAGCUCCCAGAGUCACAGCAGAGCCCCGAUCACUCCACAGAGGAGCCCGACUAUCAGCGGGAUAGUCUGCAGCCCGAGCUGCAGCCCAGCAGCAAGCAAGAGCCUCCCGGUGUCCCUCAGACCCUGCAGCAGGAGUUCUCCCUAGUCAACCUGCAGAUCCGGAACAUCAAUGUGGAGAUGGAUGCCGUAAACCGGAGCUGCGUGGUGACUGCCCGCUGCGGCUCCAACCGCGUGCGGCUCGUGGUCAAGUUCCCGGCACAGUACCCCAACAAUGCCGCCCCCACCUUCCAGUUUGUGAGUCCCACCACCAUCCAUCCCUCCAUGAAGAUAAAAAUCCAGAAGAUCCUCACUGACACCUCCUUGCAGAAGGUGAAGAGGAAUCAGAAUUGCUUGGAACCAUGUUUAAGGAAACUAGUGUCCUGCCUGGAGACCUGCAUAGCUCAGGAGGAAGGCAACCCCAGCAGUUCCUAUGUGCCAGUAACGCCCCCCUCCCUGCAAGCCUUCUCCACCUACUCGUACGGCUCGUACCAGGACGCCAACAUUCCCUUUCCACGGACGUCGGGGGCCCGCUUCUGUGGCACGGGCUCCCUGGUAUUCUUCACGAGGCCGGUGACCAUGCAUCGCUCAGUGUCGCCUACGGAGCCCACACCCAGGUCCCUGUCGGCGUUGUCCGCCUACCACAGCGGCGCCCUCAUCCCCAUGAAGAUCCGCAGUGAGCCUCAGAGCUCGCUGCGGCUCUACAGUGGCAGCCCCACCCGCAGCGACAAGGAGCAAGUCUCCAUCUCCUCCUUCUACUACAAGGAGCGGAAAUCACGGCGCUGGAAGAACAAGCGUGAAGGAGCAGAAGCCAGCAGCAGGCCCGUCAAGCUGGCCGGCAAAGUCAUCAUCCAGGAGAUCUCCAGCCUGCUGCCCGUGCACAAGGCCCUGGGAGAGACCUACGUCCUCAACGUGAAUGACAUCCGGGACACGUGUCAGCGGAACGCCACCGCAGCCCUGGCUGUAGGCCGCAGGGACCUCGCUAAGGUGUGGGCACUGGCGUCCGCCGCGACCAGUGGGGACCUCAGCCCGAACGCAGAGCCUGACGCCGGUGCUCCAUGGGCCCAGCAUCCCUUUGGACGUCUGCUGCUCGAGACACUGCUGGACUAUUACAGUAAGAUGAGUGACAUCCAGACGCUGGCCAUGCUGUGCAGUGUUUUCGAGGCUCAGUGCUGCCCCCAGGACUACCUCUCCCUCUUUGGGCACCAUACUCCUCGGCCCCCGGCCUUCUCCAUAGCUCAUUCUCGAUACCCGAGCUACAAUUCCGGAUCUGUCACAUCUGGUGCCGGAUCCUGUACUUCGGACUCCGGGAGCAGCGGCACCGCCUGGAAUGUGGUGGGACGGGACCCUGAGCACACUGUCCCCUGGGGAGAGUCCUCCCCCGAUGAUUAUCGCUAUAGUAACCAAGGCUACACUGACCCACGCGAGCGAGAGAAGGAGCAGCAUGAGAUGAAUCAGAGGCUUCUAGAUCCCACAAAAAUCAUGCAGUUCGAUGACUUUAAGAAGUGCUACGGUGAGAUUUUAUACCGCUGGGGACUCCAGGAGAAGCGUGCCGAGGUCCUGAAAUUUAGCUCCUGUCCUCCAGAGCCACAUAAGGGGAUCGAGUUUGGGGUAUACUGCUGGUACUGCCGCAGUGAGGUCCGGGGCACGCAGUGCGCUGUGUGCAAGCAUCUCACCUUCCAGUGCGCCAUCUGCCACGUGGCCGUGCGCGGCUCUUCCACCUUCUGCCUGAGCUGUGGCCAUGGUGGACACACCAGCCACAUGAUGGAGUGGUUCCGCACGCAGGAGGUGUGUCCAACGGGCUGUGGGUGUCACUGUCUGCUGCAGAGCACCUUCUGACCACGGCAGGACUUGUCCACUCCAUCUGAUCCUCUUCGUGUAUAAAACCGGACACUGUGCCUAUUUAUUUGUUUGAUAUGAGACUAAAAGGUUUCCCUUUUUGUAUCCUGCGGGUGACGUUCGCCUUGGCAAGGAGUUCCUGGUGUAAUCAGCACUCAGCCCAAGGAGUCGCCUGAGCAGGGCAGCAAAGCCCCUCCCCGCUGGUGUCUACCAAAGUCCUUUCUGUUAGAGUUCAAGGGGGAGCCGAACUAAACUUGUGUACAGUUUUCUAAGACACUAAUGUGGGAAUUAGUUUUAGUGUAAAUCCGCCUCCUAACGUGUAUAUACGACAUGCAAAAUAAAAUAAAUGAAUUACUGUG